AAUUAUAUUUUUCUUGGAUGAUCCCUUACGGCUUACCAAAUUGUUACAAGAAAACAAAGGUAAACAAUUUCAUUGUCUCCUUACAACGUACACACUGACAAUGUCCAUUCGACUAUUUGAAGAAGCUGCUCAUGCCAGCAUCUACCGAAAGUUCCGACCCACCUACCCCCAAAAGAUUCUGGAGUUGAUCUCAGACUACAUCAAAACUCGCACAUGUGGCAGCUUUGACUUGGCAGUGGACGUGGCGUGUGGCUCUGGACAAAGCACCUUCUACUUGCAGGAGACCUUCAAGCAGUGCAUUGGUGUGGACAUUAGCAAGGCACAGGUCGAACAAGCUCGUACAGCAUGUACAGAGAAGGAGGCUACAAAUGUUUCGUUUGUCGAAGGAAGUGCCGACAAACUACCGAUGAAUGAUGGCUCAGUUGACGUUGUUACCAUAGCUCAAGCUUGGCACUGGUUGGAGCCUGAGGGAUUCUACAAGGAAUGCAAGCGUGUGCUAAAACCGAGAGGGUGUGUUGCCGUGUACGGUUAUGGCCAGGGACAUCUAAUGAACAAGAAAUCAGACGUUCUAUUGCAGCAGUUCUACAGUGGUACCUUGAGAGGCUACUGGCAUGACAAACGUGUACAUAUCGACAAUCAAUAUGGAGAGGUGGUCCUACCGUUUAAGAACACUGAGCGCCAUGAUUUCAGUAUGACCAAAGACAUGUCACUGGAUAGCUACUUUGGUUAUGUUUCAACCUGGUCUGCGUAUUGCAAAUACUGUGAGAGGAAUCCGGGGAAUUCAGUGCUGGAGGAGCUAAAGAAGGAAAUAGAGGCCAUUUUAACGAGUGAAGACGGUAGGAACACAGAUGUACAAGUUAGCUUCCCUGUCUUCCUGUUGCUAGGGCAGAAUUUGAACUAAUGUUGUUUUUUUGUGUGCACUUUAUAGCAUAUACCUGAGGUGUGUACCAUAUAAGGAACGCUCCCUCAAUCAUUAUUAUGUUGCAAAGAUUCUGCAAAACCCUGUAGUCACUUGACGGGUAUAAUUAUGUGUAUUGUUUGUCAA